AUGAUUGUGAUUUCUUGGAAUUGUAGGGGUGCUCAAGGAUUGAAUUUUCGUAGAGCACUCAAUAAUUUUUGCAGGAAAAACAAAGUGGAUGUGGUGGCUUUGCAAGAGACUCGGUGUAGCGGCAAUGUAGCUCGUGCGGCAAUCAAGAAGCUUGGGUUCAAGAAUUACAUUGUGUCUGAAGCUCAAGGUUUCUCAGGUGGCAUUUGGUUACUUUGGAACAGGCAAGAUAUUGAGUUUGAGGUAAUACAUAAUAAUUUUCAUUUUAUCCACGUUAAAGUAAAGGAAAAAGAUGUUGAUUCUUGGCUACUUACGGUGGUUUAUGCGAGCCCUCGCGAUAAUGAAAGAGAUACAACUCGACAUCAGUUAGUGGAACUUGCAGCUAAUAUUCGGGUUCCUUGGCUGAUGAUGGGGGACUUCAAUGAGAUUGCAAGUCUUGAUGAGAAAAAAGGAGGAGUUCAACCCGAUCUCAGAAAAUGUUUAAACUUUUCCAAUUGGAUUAAUGAGUGUAGAUUGAUGGAGGUUACUACUAUAGGAACUAAAUUUACUUGGAGAGGUCCUAAGUGGAACGGGCGUGACAGAGUUUUCAAAAAACUAGAUCGUGUUCUCUGCAAUGUGGAGUGGAGAUUAAAAUAUCAUAAGGGUUUUGCUAAGGUCCUUCCUAGAGUUCAGUCUGAUCACCAUCCAAUUAUGGUUCUUUCGGAGGGGGAGCCCUUUAAUGGAGGUAAUCGUCCUUUUAGGUUUGAGGCAGCCUGGAUCACUCAUGAGGAUUUUCAUAGACUUUUGUGUGAAAAAUGGGAGAGAGGCUCUGAUUUGCUCAAUUCUAUUUCUAGUCUUACGCCCCACUUAAGAGAAUGGAAUCUUGAAAUUUUUGGAAAUAUUUUCAAAAGAAAGAAGCAGCUUUUGGCAAGAAUAAAUGGGAUUCAAAAUAGUCCAAACUAUGGGUAUAGUAAUUUCCUUGAGAACCUUGAGAAAGAGCUUCAGGAGCAUCUUGCUUUAACCCUUUACCAAGAAGAGUGUCAUUGGUUUCAAAAGUCUCAGAGCAAGUGGAUUACAGAUGGAGAUCGGAACACUAAAUACUAUCACACCAAAACAAUCAUCCGAAGGCGCAAAAAUAAAAUUUUGUCCCUACAGGAUGAUUCUGGUGUGUGGGUUAGUGACCCAGAUAUAUUGAAAAACCUUGUGCGUAAUUUUUUUAUAGACUUAUUUAAAGAGGAUACAAUUAUACGUGACUCCGUUGUUUCUUGGACCACUUACCCGAAUGUUGUGGAUGAUCAUCAUGACAGACUUAGUGCUAAUGUCCAAAUCAAUGAGUGCAAAAGAGCUUUAUUUGAUAUGGGUCUGCAUAAGGCUCCUGGCGAAGAUGGUUACCCUGCUAUCUUUUUUCAAAAGUGUUGGGAUACAAUAGCAGUUUCCCUGUUUAACUUUGUCAACCAAGUUUGGCUAAACCCUUCUCUUAUUUCAUUUAUUAAUAAUACCCUUCUUGUGAUGAUUCCAAAAAUUGAUAAACCAUAA